AUGGAAGUGUAUCAGUUCCUGACUGCUGUAGGAAUCUGCUUCCUGACAAUACAGUUCAUAAAGCUUCUUUGGGCACGUCGAAAAUUCCCUCCUGGACCUGUUCCUUUCCCUCUCUUCGGAAGCCUUUGGAGAAUUGGAUGGACGGUUCGCCAUGAUACUUUCAUGAAGCUUGCAAACAGUUAUGGAGACGUCUUCACCUUGUGGAUCGGACACAUACCAGUGAUUGUAUUAACCGGAUUCAGAGCGGUGAAAAAUGGGCUAAUUGAUCAUUCUGAAGCAAUGUCUGGGCGACCAGUAAUUCCUUUUUUUAAAAUUCUGGGAAAUGGAAAGGGCAUCAUGUUUUCCAAUGGAAAAACUUGGAAACAGCAGAGACAGUUUGGAAAAUCUAUCCUGCAGAAGUUGGGACAAAUGAAGAAGAGUCUGGAACAUCACAUACAAGAGGAGGCUUGUCAGCUGGUGGAGACCUUUGCCCAGAAAAAGGGACAACCAUUGGAUCCUUCAUUGCCCAUCAUGCAUUCAGCCUCCAAAAUAAUUCAUGCAGCAGUUUUUGGACAGACUGUUCUCAGAGACAAUGAUGCUUUCCAAAAGCUUGUUGAACACAUUAAUAAUAUUACAAAAUUCAGAGGCACUUUUGGAGAGAUGAUAUAUAACAUCCUCCCUUCACUUGUGCAAUACAUCCCUGGGCCUCACAAGAAGGCACUUUCCUCCUGUGAACUUAUACAUUCCUUUAUCAAGAAGGAGAUAGAAAAUUAUAAGAAUUCCCAGUCAUCUAGUGAACCACAAAGCUACAUUGACUUCUAUUUAGCUCAUAUGGACAAAGAGAAAAAGGACUCCACAUCUACUUUCGAUAAAGACAAUUUGGUUCAAGUUACCGUCGACUUGUUCAUUGCAGGCACAGACACAAUAGCUGUCACCCUUUCUUGGGGUCUGUUUUUUAUGGUGGCUCAUCCCGAUAUUCAAGAGAAAGUACAGAAGGAGAUAGAAAAUGCACUGGAUCCCCACAAAACAAUCUGCUACGAGGAUCGGAAGAAAUUGCCUUAUUCCCAUGCCGUCAUUCAUGAAAUCCAGCGCCUCAGCAGUAACCCAUUUUUCACCCUCUCUAGGUUGUGCACAACAGAUUUGAACAUAUUUGAUUCUUACAUUCCAAAGGGUAGCCUGGUGAUCCCUGACCUGUGCUCUGUUCUGCUUGAUCCCAGACAAUGGGAGACACCGCAAAAGUUCAACCCUAAACACUUUUUGGAUGAAGAUGGGAAAUUUGUAUUCAGAGAAGAUUUUUUUACCUAUGGGGCAGGGUGCCGUGAAUGUCUGGGGAAGACUUUGGCCCAGAUGGAGCUCUUCAUUUUCUUUACCAACCUUAUGAAAACAUUUACCUUUCAGCAGCCAGAAGGAAUGAAGGAAGUUAACAUGGAGCCUGCAAUAGGGGCUGGGAUGCAAUUUCACCCAUUGAAGAUCUGUGCAAUUCCUCAUUAG